UUGGUUGAGAGGGCGGGACUUCCGACAGCGCAGGUUUUGGACAUAAAGUGACAGACUUCACCCCCUUAAAAGUGGAAGAAAAACCGAAGGACGACGCGUUUACAAGUUUUAAAACAAUUGUAAUGCUUUUCAGACAUGGACGACAUAAACCUUCAUUAUCGCUUUCUGAACUGGAGGAGGCGAAUUCGAGAAAUCCGUGAAGUGCGAGCAGUGCGAUACCGGGAGCGGCUCAAAAGGAUGCUGAGAGACGGAGACGUACUCAGGUAUCAUGGGAAUUCAGAUGAAGUUGGCUGUUUUGUGGCGGCCAGGCCGUUGUCGAGAAGAAAUCGCUAUUAUGAAGUGACCAUCAUCGAUACCGGGGUGAGGGGGAUGAUCGCUGUUGGUUUGGUGCCUCAGUUCUACAAGCUGGACCAUCAGCCGGGCUGGCUCCCACACUCUGUAGCUUUUCAUGCUGAUGAUGGCAAGCUGUAUAAUGGCAACACUGUAGGACAGCAGUUUGGUCCAAAAUGCUGCAGAGGUGACAAAAUCGGCUGUGGAAUAUCCACGGACCUGGAGGACGGACAGUUAACAGUGUUUUUUACCAAGAAUGGGAAGGAAGUCGGCAGUGUGGAAAUCCCUGCAUCGCCUGAUGCUCUCUACCCUGCAGUGGGAAUGCACUCUCUGGGAGAAGAAGUGCUGCUAGACCUGAACGCUGAAUGGGGGACGGAGGAGGAUGAUGGACAGAUGAUAGUGGACAGUCAUGAAGAGGACUGGGGCCGUCUCCAUGACGUCAAGGUGACUGGCACGCUGCUGGAGUACGUUGGUAAAGGGAAGAGCAUCGUGGACGUGGGCUUGGCUCAGGCCCGCCGACCUCUCAACACACGCUUCCACUACUAUGAGCUGGAGAUUACAGAUGCUGGAGAGAAGUGUUACAUCGCCCUGGGGCUGGCACGCAGGGACUACCCCAAAAACAGACAUCCAGGUUGGAGCAGAGGGUCCAUAGCCUAUCAUGCAGAUGAUGGGAAACUGUUCCAGGGCAGCGGAGUUGGGGACCCGUUUGGACCACGCUGCUUCGAAGGGGACAUUAUGGGCUGCGGGAUCAUGUUUCCUCGCGACUACAGCCUCGAUGGUGGAGAUGACGUAGACGACUGGGACCUCGAGGUGUUUCCAAAGCCCAGCGAGGUUCAGAAUGACUUGUAUGCAAGCAACGAAGAUGAGGAGGACGAGGGGGAAGAUCUGGAGGGGAGGAAGGUCACGGUGUUCUUCACCAGGAAUGGAAAGGUUGUGGGCCGGAGGGAAGUGGCCUUACCUGUAGGAGGUUUGUACCCUACAAUUGGGAUGAUGAGCACAGGGGAGAAGGUCAGAGUGGACCUGCACCCCCUCAGUGGCUGAGCAUUGGGGAGGAAACGGAAAACUCGAUUGGUGAAAUCAGAGCAAGGACGACUGGCUGCGCUCUGACAUUUUGGAGCUCGGACAAUAAACAAUACCUCCACGUCAACAAGGCUCCAAGGUGUUACUUGAAAAGUCACUCCAUUGUAAGGGGAGACCGUGGUGCCCUCAUGCUGUAAGAAUGAUCGCAAAAAUGUAUGUCAAUAUCACACAUGUGCCUCAGAGAAGUGCUUUAUAAUGAAAAGGUCUUAUAGGAAAUUGCAAAACCAGGAGUUUGUGAGGGUAAAACACUAUUUUUGACAAUUUAAUCCAAGAGUAAGGUUUUAAAAAACAAACAAAAAAAAGAAUAAUGAAUGUAAAAAUCCAAUCAGAGGAGACCCCAGCUUACAAGUAGACCCUCUUAUCAGAGAUCAUUUUACGUCAGCAGACAUGUAGCGCCACACUGUGCCCAUUACCGGAGCGCUGCUGUACUUCCUCCUAUCGGUGGUGCGUUACUGACACUCAGUGGUGAGAGUGAUAAUGCUCAGAGAGUCUUCCAAAAAAAACAUUCAGUGCACUAAUUGAACAGCGAGUCGACUCUGUCUGUAAAAAAACCAAACAGCUGCUUUAUCGCUGUGGUUCUGUGCGAGUGUGCGGAUGCUUGUUUUGACAUGGAGUCAUUACAGCGCAUUGGCAACCGUACGAACCACAUGCAUUAGGAACUAUGGGAUAAUUAAGUGUAAUAACAGUUUGUUGAAAGGAAAUCCAAAUCAUCUUUAUGACUUUUAAUUGUUGUAUUGGCGUAAGUUAUGAAAGCAGAAUUAUAACUCCGGGUUGUUUUUUUUAUGACUAGUUGUUAUUAUUUUAAACAGGUGUGAUUUACUGCCAUUAAAUAGAAUCACAAUCACUCCAAAAUCUUUGGGAUAAACAUUUAUGACAGUAAAUCAUGUCAGACAGAUUCAUGAGGUUACCGAGGUGACAGUACGAGUCUGUUGAUAUCAAUAUCAGUGUCGAGAUAUUUGGUGUCCAAAAGUGUAACACGUUCUUGUAUCUUGCAGUUUGACUCACACACAUCAGCCCAACUCAGUGGCCUUUAAAUGAAAAAUAUCCCAAAAAUGAACUGAAUGAAUUGGAAAAAAGACACAUUUGAAGACAAAUGAUAUUGAGUGUAAUUUAAUGUGGAUCCUGAAAGGGAAAUCGUGACGAUGGUGUUUCUCUUUAAGGAUUAAACCCUGGACAAGAAUAAUUAAGGACUAAACCUGGUGUAGUACUAAAAGUAUUACUGAAGAUCUGAAUGUUGAAAACAAAGCCAUACUGUAACGAAUAUUUGCUGCUCUCAGGUAUAUUUGAUAAUCAAAAUUAAGUACCUUGUCUUUUCUAUGGUUAUUUUUUAUUUUAUUUUGUAUGUUGACGUCAACCAUUGAUUGCCACAAACCUGACAUGCAUUUUUUAAAUGUUUUUUUUUUUUUUUUGUUGUUUGCCUAAUGAAUUUUAUCUUCUUGAAAUUGAAGACCGUUUCCGUUCAUACUACACUUACAACAGGGUUCUCUGCAGCUGUUAAUCGCUGACAACUUUUGGGUUUUAACUUUUACCUACAAUGCUGAAAAUGAUUUUCUUUUUUAUCUGAUAUCUACCAUGUCAGAUGUUGUUCAUCGAUGUUGUAAGGUUGCUUUACAACCAGAUUGCCUUUAAAAAAAAAAAGACCAAAUGAGCAAAGUGCCUGUGUAGAAAGAUCUUUUUAAACCGGGUUGUUGGAUCCAGGUGUAGGUGUUGGAAAGGUGCCACUUGAAUGUUGGUCCACGCUGACCCCUCAAGUUUGUGAACCACAUUCACGCUUCCACACCUCAUGCCAAAGGUGUUGCAUUGUCUGUAGACUCUGCAGGACACUGACAAGGUCU